AAGGGAGUUGGCUGUAGUAUUUUUCGAUCCCAAGCGAAACAACUCGUACAAACACAUCAUUUAAAAAGAUAUAAGAAUACCCAUAUCAUUAACCACAAGAAAUGAAUCAUAUAUCUUCCGCCCUUGACAGGAUGUGAAAUGAUAGCGGACUUCAGUCUGACAAGAACGCUGGUAAUAACUACACGUGCUGCACAACAGAAACAAUAUGUAUAAUAAAAAAUUAUUUAUUCCGUGUCUGUGGAUUUUGUUAAUAGCGGCAGUAGAACUAUCAUUAACGACAACAAUAAUACCGUCUAAGACACUAUCGGUAACACAGUCAUUGACAGAUUCACCAGUAACACCGGCAACGACAACAUCGGUAAAACAGUCAUUGGCAUCAUCAAUGUCAGUAACAAGAACAACACCGGCAAAUACAACAUCGGUAAAACAGACAUUGACACCAUCAAUGUCAGUAACAACAACAACAUCGGCAAAUACAACAUCGAUGACACGGACAUUGGCACCAUCAACAGUAACAACAACAACAGCGGUAACGACAGCCUUGGUAACACAGACAUUGGCAUCAUCAACAGUAAUAACAACAAGACCGGCAACGACAACAUCGGUAACACAGACAUUGGCACCAUCAACAGUAACAACUAUGUUGCCAACUUCAACAUUAAGUACAAAUGAAACGAAAUCUGCCGGGAAUCCAGGAAAUUCCGCAUCAAUUAUAUAUGCAGGUAUGUCUUUCCUUCAGUGCAUGACUUCAUACUACGUUGCUAUGGCAAUCAAUCAAUGGAAUACAAGACAAUAGAAACCCUAAUACAGUGAAAUAUGGCAGCUACAAAUGUGUUCAACAUUCAAUUACAGCAUUGAUUAUUUUCUAAUAUAAAAAUCACGGUAAUUUUUUGGAAUCUGCGUGGCGUGGGAAACUAAAGCUAAACAAAGUCCGGAUAAUAUUUUCUUUUACAACUGGAUAAAGUGUAGUAGAGAAAGACCCAUACAAAAAUGGAGAGAAAAAAAGAUAAUAGUUUUCGUAAAGUGAAACCGUGUGUUUGCACUGGCAAAAGUCUCAACGCGGUUUCUUUGGCAAAAAUACUUAUUCUUCCCAAAAAAAAUUAAAUGUACGUUUUUCACUUAAAUAAGAGGGCUCUUCAUUUUAUUCCAUAAAAUGAUGAAACAUGAAAGGAAAUAUGUUGUUUAAAAAAUUGGUCUUAUUAGGUUUCUGCCCCUCAGAUCAUAAAAAGUCACGUGGUUAAAGUACUGUGAUACUGCUAUGAUAUAAAAUGCAGUUUAUUAUACAUAAGCAUAAUAAUAAACAUAUGGUAAACAAGUUGUUAUUCUUUCAUAAGUUUUACAUUUAAAGAUCAAUUUGUUUGUUUUUUAAACCUAGAGGUUUGUUUUCUAACCUUUGCUAUGUCAGCUGUCUGCUUUAAAAGCUGCCCUGCAGCUGGAUAAAAAGACUGGAUGUAUUAUACAAAUACUUUAAACGGUCAUUUUAGUCACCAAUUGCCAGUAUCAAUUGUUGUGAAAAUAUUGUUUGAUUCAGCAAUACUAUUGAAAGUCUUGUUUUUUUUAUAUGAGAUUUGGACAAUUUGGUGGUUUUCUUAUACUUAUUAUCAUUUAUUUGUGAUAUUUCAUCGGAGGUAAUGCCAACAUAUCGUAGUACUAUAUGUAGAGACAUUCAAAAAAGGAAAUUAACAUGUGACAUCACAAUUACAAUAUCAAUUACAUACUUAUUACAUUGUACAAUUAACGUAUUAUUAUUUGUACGCAUGUUGUUUUUUUUACCUGCCUAUGUUCUUUUGCAUUUAUGCUAUAAACAUUGUAAAUGUUUAAUGCAAAUUAAUUAUUGAACUUACAUAACGAGCAUUUUCUUUCCAACCACAAUUAUUUAUUUUUAUCUAGCUGUAGGAGUUAUACAGAUAAAACAGCAUUUCUGUAGAGGUACAGAGUGUUGUGCAGUGGAAAAACAGAGAAAUUCUUAAACGAAAAAAUACUGAAUAAAUAUGGAUGCUAUUUACUUUUAAAAUAAUCUGAAAAGACUAUAUGUGAAAUUUCAAAUAUGGUAAAGUUACAAAUAGUUAAUGUUUCAAUAACAGAUGUUAAAUUUAUAAAUAUGUUACCGGAAGAUUAAAUAUGGCUUUUCCUCUUUGUCCAAUCAAUUGUCCUAAAAGUUUUGUUAUAUAUAGGUGAUAAAGCUGUCUGAACUUAAUAAGUUGUCCAGGUGAUGAUUGUUGUUAUAAAUUUCAUGUUGCUAUGUUACAUUAUUUUGUAUUAAAACCUGAUUGGUCAUUUUGUUAUUUAAGAAACAAAGCUGUUAAAAUUCUAUUGGUCAGUGUAAAACGAAACCAUUUUUAGAAAUAUUGUAAAGUUGGAAAAUUUGGACAGUAAGAUUUGGGAUUUCCAAGUGCUAACAUUGUGGCUUUCCAUUAGAAAUAUUUAAAACUGUUUUUUAAUAUCUAUUGGUUAAUGUAAGGAUAAUCUGUGCAUAUUUUAUAUAUUGUUUGUGGUAUUCCACUAAGAAAGGUACAUUAAAUUAUAAAACGGAA